AUGACCCUACAGCCCCCUCCUCCUCUCAGCUCCCGAGCUACCGGCACUCGUACCAUGCUCAUGUGGUCUGCCCCAGCUCUAGCUAUCGCAGCAGGUGCCUUCCUUUACCUCAGCAGGGAGGACAAGAAGGAGACCCUUGGCGUUGGCUCUGGUGGAGUCAGCAAGCUCAAGGGCUCCAAGCACAACUCUGGACCCACUCUCAGCUCCGGUCCAGGUGGCAUUGGAGGCCCGCCCAUGAAGGGGACUGCUGGCUCGAAGGCCGAUGGAACAAAGGCGGGAAGCAAGGCCGAUUACCAGGAGGUGUACAAUGCGAUCGCAUCCAAGCUUGACAAGGAUGAGAACUAUGACGAUGGUUCUUACGGCCCCGUACUCGUGAGGCUUGCUUGGCAUGCCAGUGGAACCUAUGACAAGAAGUCCGGCACUGGUGGAUCCAACGGAGCUACCAUGCGCUUCGCUCCCGAGGCCAACCACGGAGCCAACGCUGGUCUGAUCCACGCCCGCAACUUCAUGGACGAGAUUCACCAGCAAUUCCCAUGGAUCACAUACAGUGACCUGUGGACGUUGGGAGGAGUUGUAGCUGUGCAGGAGCUUGGUGGACCCAAGGUGCCCUGGAGGCCCGGCAGGUCUGACCGAGAGGAGGAGCACUGCGCUCCCGAUGGACGUCUGCCGGAUGGUGACAAGGGCCAUGACCACCUGCGUGACAUCUUCUACCGCAUGGGCUUCAAUGACCAGGAGAUCGUCGCCCUCUCUGGUGCUCACGCUCUGGGUCGAUGCCACAAGGACCGAUCUGGAUUCGAGGGACCAUGGCAGCACUCUCCCACUUCAUUCAACAACGAGUACUUCAACCUCUUGCUCACUGAGCCAUGGGAAUUCAAGAAGUGGGACGGACCCAAGCAGUACGUGGACAAGGCCACAAAGGGCUUGAUGAUGCUGACGACGGACAUGGCCCUGGUGCAGGACAAGUCCUUCAAGAAGCACGUGGAUCGUUACGCCAAGGACGAGAGCGUCUUCUUCAAGGAGUUCUCCUCUGCCUUCUCGACUCUUCUCGAGCUAGGUGUGCCCCAGGAGAACUUCAAGAACUUUGAGGCAGACCACUCUGGUCAGCAGUACGUCCUGAAGACUACUGCCGAGCAGGAAAACUCGUCGUAG